AUGUCUGCCGAGGAGGAUCUCAUCGACUACUCGGACGAGGAGCUCGAGACCCAGAAGACCACCGCUCCCGCCAACGGCAAGAAGACCGAGGCUGCGGCUGGCGACAAUGUCGACAAGAAGGGUUCCUACGUUGGCAUCCACUCCACCGGUUUCCGCGACUUCCUCUUGAAGCCUGAGCUGAUUCGCGCCAUCUCCGACUGCGGCUUCGAGCAUCCUUCGGAGGGACAGCCCGUCUCGCGAGACGGGCUGGACGGCGCCCGUGCUGUCGAUCUUGCGGCUGCCGAGUGGGGGCGUACUAUUCUGUCAGCUGAUAUUCUGCGACUGGUUGACAACGAUGUUUUGCGACGACGAGAACUUUUGCUGCGACGAUGGACGGACCUCUUCGACUCCCUCUCCGCCCUCCUUCAGCAGACAUGUAUCCCCCAGGCGCUCCUUGGAGGUGACAUUAUCUGCCAGGCCAAGUCUGGUCUCGGUAAGACUGCGGUCUUCGUCCUCACAACCCUUCAGCAAGUCGAGCCCGUCGCCGGCGAGUGCUCGGUUCUGGUCAUGUGCCACACUCGUGAGCUGGCGUUCCAGAUUCGCAACGAGUACAACCGGUUCACUAAGUACAUGCCCGGCAUCAAGACCGGCGUCUUCUACGGUGGCACUCCCAUCCAGAAGGACGCCGAGAUCCUCAAGAACAAGGACACUCACCCCCACGUCAUCGUUGGAACGCCCGGUCGUCUGAAUGCCCUUGUUCGGGACAAGUACCUGCGCUUGGGCAGUGUCCGCAUCUUCGUGCUCGACGAGUGCGACAAGAUGCUGGACCAAGUUGACAUGCGCCGCGAUGUCCAAGAGAUCUUCCGGGCUACGCCUCAGCAGAAGCAGGUCAUGAUGUUUAGCGCCACUCUGUCCGACGAAGUCAAGCCCAUCUGCCGCAAGUUCAUGCAGAACCCUACCGAACACUAUGUCGACGAAGAUACCAAGUUGACCCUGCACGGUCUUCAGCAGUACUUUGUGCCUCUCGAUGAGCGUGAGAAGAACCGCAAGCUCAACGAGCUGCUCGACGACCUCCAGUUCAACCAAGUCAUCAUCUUCGUCAAGAGCACCGUUCGUGCCACGGAGCUCGACAAGCUGCUGCGCGAGUGCAACUUCCCCUCCAUCGCGGUUCACUCCGGCGUUAGUCAAGAGGAGCGUAUUCGUCGGUACAAGGAGUUCAAGGAGUUCAACAAGCGAAUCUGUGUCGCAACCGACGUCUUCGGUCGUGGUAUCGACAUCGAGCGCAUCAACUUGGCCAUCAACUACGACAUGCCCACGGACGCUGACUCCUACCUGCACCGUGUCGGUCGUGCUGGUCGUUUCGGUACCAAGGGUCUCGCCAUCUCAUUCGUCAGCGGCGAGACAGACAAGGAGGUGCUCAAGGACGUUGGCAAGCGCUUUGAGGUCGCUAUUCCUGAAUUCCCUAAGGAGGGUAUUGAGGCCAGCACUUACAUGGCGUCUUAA